CAGUGACGCCGUGUGGCUGCAUCAGCGCGUGGCUGCAACGCGACAGCUUCCACAGACGCUUCGGUUUUUUCCCCUUCGCUGCUGUUGUGAGCUCUCUCACGCACACACACACGGCACCGUCCACAAUGGAGACCAAACCGGUCAUCACCUGCCUUAAAACGCUCCUCAUCGUGUACUCCUUCGUCUUCUGGAUAACAGGAGCUAUCCUGCUGGCAGUGGGAGUAUGGGGGAAGUUGAUGCUGGGCCCGUACAUCUCUCUGAUAGCCGACAACUCCACCAACGCCCCGUAUGUCCUCAUUGGCACUGGGACCGUCAUCGUCGUUUUUGGCCUCUUUGGAUGCUUCGCCACCUGCAGAGGAAGCCCAUGGAUGCUGAAACUGUAUGCCAUGUUUCUGUCGCUCGUCUUCCUCGCUGAGUUAGUGGCUGGGAUCUCUGGAUUUGUGUUUCGUCAUGAGAUAAAGGGAACCUUUCACAGGACGUACACCGACGCGGUCCUGAGAUACAACGCUGAGGAUGAGGCGAGCCGUGCUGUUGAUAACCUGCAGCACAAGCUGCGUUGCUGUGGAGUGUAUAACUACACCAGCUGGCUUUCCAGUGUGUAUUACCCAUCCAACGGCAUCCCAGCCAGCUGCUGCUCUAACCCCUCUGACUGCAACACAGAAGACCUCCGUAAUACAACUAUAGCCCCGAGCAAGGUCUACCAACAGGGCUGCUAUGAGCUGGUCACUUCAUUUAUGGAAACCAACAUGGCCAUCAUUGCAGGAGUGACGUUUGGGAUUGCCUUCUCACAGCUGAUUGGUAUGUUGCUGGCCUGCUGUCUGUCCAGGAUCAUCACAGCCAAUCAGUAUGAGAUGGUUUAGCUGAUGUGACGUGGCAGGGAGAUGAAGAGAAGAACCAACAAAGAGUCUUGACACAUGAUAUGAGUAAAUUCCCCCAAAACACUGUCCCACAUCUGAAGUGGAAUUGACCUCCCUCCGUCUCUCUGCCUGUGAUCUCAGUGUAAUAUCUUAAUGUAUCUUAUUGUAAAGCACCAUUCCUUUACUCACUGCUGUUGCAUCUAAGCUUUCUAUACCACACGUCACACUGCUGCUUGAUGUAGAAGUUGCUCACUAGCACAUGUCUUGGAUCAGCACGGCCUGCAGCUGUCGUGUAGACCGGAGUUGUCUGAGCUGACGGCGGUGUUGGUCUCAGACAUGUGACCGGCUGCAGCAUGUCAUCAGAAGACCACUGCACAUCUUUGUACAGAAUGUCAUGACUAAAGCUUGAAAGUAAUACUUAAAUAGCUAUGUUUAGUUUUGCAUUUGACUUUGCUAUUACUCACCAUUGUAUAUUCCUAUGGUUGUGAAAUGUUGUGAACUGACUGUACUGAGGGUGAUGUUUGAAGUUUCUAUGAAGAGGGAGAAAACUGACAACAGAAAGAAUAGGGGGAGCUUCUUUUUGUUUAUCUGUAGACAAUGUACAAUAUGUUUUUGACAUGAAUAUUUAAUUUAACUUAUAGACAGAUUAUAGAUAUAGAUUUAAGAUUUAAGUAUCAGUAUUUGUUAAAACUGUUGAUUUGGGAGCUCAAAUGCAGCACAUUAGAUUGUCAAAUGUGAACCGUUCAGUUUUACUUGAAUUCACAGCUUGUUUUUACACUGUACAUGGUAUUCCGUGACAAAUCAUUUCUUUUUACCAAGGAAAGGGAAGUAUAUUAAUCUCGCAAACAAAUAAAUGACAUGCCGCUUGUGGACAAAAGGCCCCGACACACCUAAAAGUAACUUAAAAUAACAAAAGCAUUUUCAAAAUAGGGAGAAAGGAUCCUCGUUCAUCCCCACUCUGCACCUUAACCUCUGUUCUUGCACGAUGUAUGGAACUUUGGAGCUUGUUUAUUGUUUACUCUGCAAGACGAUCAUAACUUCAUGAUAGUCAGCGACCCAAACAACAAGAAUCAGGCCCAGAAGGUUCAAGAGUAAUGUUAAACUACACAUUAAUUUAAAGGAAUUAAAACUCAUCAAAAAUUACCUUUCAUCACAUAUAUUCAGCAAGGAAACGUCCAAAAUAUGGAGAAUUUUAAACAGAGAUUUGUGGGGUUUUGAGUUCAGUGAGAGCUCUGGGACAGAGGUUGAUGUUGUUUUCCGUACAUUAAAACUGCUUGGACCUGGAGCUCAGCAGAUUUAACAACCGCUUGGUCCUGCAGAGGGUGCUGUUUCUCAGCAAAAGUUGCUUUAAGUGAUAGUGCAGAGAGUCCUUCAAACUUUUUCCAUGGUGGCUAUUAUAACUUGUCAGCAUAAAUAGAAACAGGUGUAAAUGACAUUUAUGGCUGGCACCGUACCAGGAAACCUUGAAACUGUCAGCUAAAUGGAAUGCAGCCAUUUGAAUUUCACUUGUGCUUUUCCUGCUUUCUUUGACAAGUUAAAAUGUCCAUCCAUCUUCUACCACUUUAUCCUCCACAUGAGGGUCGCCGUGCCAAUCUCAACUGACAUAGGGCGAAAGGCGGGGUCACAGGUCACCAGUCCAUCACAGGGCCAAAAGAGACAAACAACCAUACACUCUCGCUUCUUCCAUAAAAAGAACUAAAGUGUCCCUUUAUUUAUGGCUCCCUAGGUGUCAAGUGAAAGUGCUCAGAUUAAAAAUGAAUCCGUUGUAAAUGCUGGUGUGGCAGGGCCUCUUGAAACUCCACAAACCAUUUAAAUUUGAAUGAAUGGCUGCGCUCCUUACGGCAGCUUUUCAGCGAGUUGUCAUCUAAACACGUGUGAAGCGCGCGUGGCUGAAAAAGCAAAGUGGAGAGAUACAGUAUGUGAGGCUCCAACAGUGUUCAUCUGGUAUUGACAGUAUUCUAUGUAGUGCAUCAACCACAUGCCUCCAUCUUUAGCACCAUCUGUAGAUAUGUACUGGAAAUGUAAUUUGUAUAAUGAAAUGUUUCUCAUUCAAAUAUGCUAAUGUGUAAAAUGUCGUGUCGAGAGUUUUGCUGUUUAAUCUGUAUUUGUUUGAUAGUUCAUAGGAAACUUGCACUGAGGAAAGUAAUUGUGGCCAAUGUUUUGUUGGGCGUAGCACGUAAUGAUUUGAAUUUAGCCCCACAUUUAUUAUGAUUUGGUUGGCAUUAUGUUCUACUUAUUAUUAUUGUUAUUAUCGUUGUUGUUUUCUCUCUCGCUGACUGUGUGUGAGUGUGACCCUGUUCAGACCUGGUGUAAACGUCCAUCCUGAGUGAUUUCAUCACAAGUGGGUGGGGCUAACUUCAGGUGUGAACACACCUUGAUGUUGAGGAAAGAUCCGAUUAACCCAGACCAUGUACAGAGAGUAUUUCACAUUUAACAAAAAGUAAUUUUUACCUCUCUCUGUUUGUCAUACUUUUAAAUUAGGGCCGGGUGAUAUGUCCCAGGUUUUUUUCUUUUCUUUUUUUUUUAAAUGGUUCAUAUCAAUAAUUAUCAUAAUAAACCUCAGAUAAUUAAACACUAAGAUUUUUGCUUCUCAGUGAAAGAUAAUAACGGUUGUUAAACUGAGAAACGUUACACACUGAGGCAAAACUUACAUUAUGACUGUGUAAUGCAUCAAGAUUGUAUCGAUUUGUUUGUUUUAGUUUUUAUUUGAGGGACAUUCCACAUGUAUUUGAAUAGGCAACAUCAACAUGUAAAUAUGCCCGAUUAUACUCAAAAUAUUCGAGUACAUGCACUAAAAGAUACCAAAAAAAAAAACUGAGCAAAACAAGAAAAAAAUAUAUAAACUUGACAAUAACAACAGUAUCAACAAAUAAGAAGCAUGAUAGACUGUAAUCCAGUUACCAAAACAACACAUUACUAAAAUGAUAUUGUGAUAUAUUAUAUAUUGAAUUAUUGCCCAGUCCUAAUAAUUAUUUGUGUCCUCUGUUACAAUAUUAACAUUAAAAUAAAAAAAUGUGUUAUUGAUUUUCUAUAUUUGUAUCACAAAUGAUUAAAAUAUGUCAGCCCCUCUCUCUCACUCCCUAAACACAAUUUGAUUUUUGCAAAUCCACUUUUGAUCGGAUGAUGGUUGAUAAGUGUGUGGGAGAGAAUCUUGUCUUGAGCUCAGUAUUUGGUUGUGGCUUCUUUUUUUCUAAAAAAAAAUGUUGCUUUAACACCUGAAAAUGUAAAUUUAUUUAUUGAAUGUAUGUUUUCCAACACUGAAGCUUAUUUUCCUUCCUCCAGCUGAUAUUGUCCUGUAAAUACUCAAUUGUAAUAGCAUCUAGCACAUACACGGGGUCAUUAGACACUCAAAAGAAUUGCACCAUCCUGUCUACUAUCGACUAAGUCACCAUCAGUGGUCUUAUUAUCAAUAAAUAUACAAAUAACA